UCUUCCCCUCCAAACCCUAUAUGUUUCUUUCUAGCAAUAAGGUCCUCUGCUCCUUGGAUUCUGGGGCAUGCUGGAAAAGCCAUUAGAAGCCUUCAAAGGACUAAUAUCCUAGGGCUGUGGGCAGAAUCAAACUUACCUCAAGAGAAGGGCUAUCCUGGUAUUAGAAAAGGAGGCCAGAGAAACUUCUGAAAUGAUGGGGUCCCAGAACCCAGAUGACUACUGGAUCCUGCUAGGGUACAACCGGAUGACGGAUCCCAGUAACUACAGCAUGCAGAUGGCAGUGAGCCAGCUCAUUGUCCACCCAGACUUCGACAAGCAUCAUUUUUUAGGGAGUGACAUCACCUUGAUGAAGCUGCAGGUGCCUGUGAAUUUCAACUCCCAUGUCCUGCCUGCCUGUCUCCCAGACAGCUCCACAAAGCCGGACCCUAAGAGUUCCUGCUGGAUAAGUGGCUGGGGGAUGACAAUUGAUGAAACUGAUCAUGCAGAAUCACUGCCACCUGCCAUAACACUUCAGGAGGCAGAGGUCAGUCUCUUAGACAAUGAGGACUGUAACGCCUAUUAUAGAUAUUCAGACCCCAACGCAACUGGCUCAAAAUCUGUUGGUGUAUUUGACGACAUGGUGUGUGCUGGGGACCCCAUGAAUGGAACAUCCAUCUGCCGG